AUGAGCGAGAGAGACCAGUGGCUCGACGCUGUGAGCAUAAGGCUCAAGCGCAAGAAAGCGGAUAUUGCAAAGGACGCCAACAAGCAGCCGGGUGAUGCGUGGACUCAGCGUUACAAAUGUGCCAAGGCUGUCGUGCAUGCGGUGAAUGGGAGAAGUAAAGACACCAGUGACAUUGUCGUGAAUGCCAUUGAUGGGUCUGCCGCGAAGAAACGUGACUUCGACGACACAUGCGUCUUGGCGCUCCCACUGCUUGCCUUCUUAAAGACCCAACACUUCUUCUUCUUUUUUCUUCUCUUUUCCUUCAAACCACUCCCACGACGACAAUUUUCUCAAACACCCCAAAACCGACACAGUCGUCACUCAAUUCCCGAGAAAGCGCACCGCGGCGACUGAGUCACCUCACCGCCCCAACCAACAGUGUCUCAUCUUGCCCCCGAAGGCAAGCAAGAAGCCCGUAGAGAAAGACCAGCGCAAGGAAGAACAAUCAAGAGACAUCAGCGCCCACACGCCUGCUCUGGCCGAGGAUACUACGCUUUCGACUCUGUCCACCUUCAGUCGCGUUUGCGAAGCGAAGUUCGACCCGCAGAUCAGCGCGUGGAUGAGAUCGCCAUCUGCCGCUCACUCCAUGAACCGCAUCCACAGCCUUGCAGAGGACUCAUUUGCUAUCACCUCUACAGCAAUGCAGGCGCAGGACUUCAACGGCGUAGGAGCUGAGCAGGUAGCGGCUGCAGGACGAAAGGGCGAGUCGAAGAAGCGCGGUAGGGAGGAUCACCAUGGGGAGGAGGAGAAUGGUGAAGAUGAAGAAGGCAGGCGUCCGAGAAAGCAGGGAAAGAUUUCCGAAGCUGAAGAGACACUUGAGGACAGCGACGAAGACCAUGAUGUGCCCCUCGCAGUUCGUCGUCCACUGCAUAGCGCUCUCGCGGGACAUAACCAGGACGACAGCGAGUCCACGAUCCCCACUUCAGGCUCGAUUCCCGACGGCGUCCUCGAAGUCAUCCACGACGAGAAGAUCUUCGGCAAGAUCCUGGGUUACAUGAACCUACAGGAGUGCUUUGGCUUGUUGAAUGUCCACCGCGAGUUUGAGCAGUGCAAAGUACUGCGUCAACGUCUCAUGCUCGAUGAUCAUCCUCGCAAGCUUGUCACUGCUUCCGUUGCCUCGAUAUCGGCACCCAGUGCUGGAAAAGAUGCGGAAACUGUCCUUGCCGAGCCUGAAGGAGCUGGAAAGGAUCCUGCACGAGAGCAAAUCGUCCAGCGACCGAGCGGCCUUCUCACCGUGAAUAACCUCCCACGCAACUGGACUCGUCUAGUUCGUGGCAACACGCUCCCUGGCAACCACGUCCGCCAGAUCAAUCCACUCGUCUUCGGUGGACAGGAUGCUGUGAAGAACUAUAUCCACAACUUCCAGUUCUACCCAGCGGCGGAGCGGGCGCAGGUCGAUAAGCUCCCCCCUUCGGUGGCGGGCCCGGAGUACCAAAUCGACCGACGCGCGGAGGGACUGCCACUCAAGCUGAACGAGAACGGCGAUAACAUUCAAGAACAACUCUACGAGAUGUUCUUCGUCACUCACACGGCGGAGAACUUCCGAAGAGACCCAAAGCAUCUCAACUUGGAAGGCCACUGUAAGCAACAUUCCACCCUCGCCCAGUCCCUGCUCGUCCAGCCGGCUAUCAACGAUGUGCAGGUCCUCAUCCACGCUAUUCGCCAUAAGAAGACAGGCGGGAUCGACCACGUCUACGGCGAGGAAGCUCACGUCCACAACCACCUGGGCAUUCGAAUGGGCGACAUUUUCCAGAAGGCUGUCGAAUGGUCGAAGCGGUACAAGGAUAAGGGCGCACGGAUUGGACAACACAUCAGCUACACGGUGCGCUUUCCGCGGGGCGUUCGGCUGAAUAUGGCUGGCUACAAGCAGAUGGGUACGCCGUUGACGAAGGCGGAGUUUGAUGCACUCUGA